GAUUUCAGGUGAGAACGCAGCAUAAGUACAGACCACACCUGGCCACACCUUACCACAUCCUUCGUCUCAUACUUCUCUCACGAUGGCUUCACCUCCGGCAUGGUGGUCGAGCGCUGAGGAGAGCUUGUUGGAAAAGCAGGAAGAUAAGAUGAAGGAGAUGUUGACCCCGAUCAAACAAGAUGUCCAGACCUUGAAGGGGGACGUCACGGGCAUCAAACAGUCCCAAAAGGAAUUGGAGGAGCGGGUCGGGAAGCUCGAGACGGCUCAGCCUGCGAGCUCCUGGCGUGCCAUUUUCGUCGAGAUCAUGGGGCUGUGCGAGUGGGAGUACACAUCCUCCAAGGGGAUGAACAGGACCGAGGCCACCGAAAUGGUCUUGGAGUUGAAGGGCCAACUUCCGCAGGAACUCCGUGAGCACGUCCGGGAGAUGCAGCUCAAGGGACCCAGGAACUACGCCAUCAGGAUCCCCAUGGCGCCCGAGUAUUUACAGGAGAUCCGUGUGAUCUGGAACGAGUACCUCACGAAGGAGGACAAGAAAUGGAAAAUGGCGGACACCGUGAUCUACGUGCACGCCGAGCGCCACCCCGACGUCCAGGCGCAGUAUACCAAGCUCGGGCGCGUCAAGGACUGGGUACGGGAUGGGAUCGACGCGACGCUGGAGCCGAAAGUGCGUUGGAGCCCCGACUUCAGCGUGGUCAUCAACAAGUCCGACACGGAGGGGGAUAUGGGUGUUAAGGCAACUAUCGUGUUAUGCGAAGUUCAGCUUGGUGGAGGUAUUGUAUGGCAUGAUGAGGGGCUUCGGAUCGGUGGCCUGUCCAAGACAGCCGCAGAAGAAGGAGUCAAGCGGGUCCGGAGGAAGGGACCUUUCACCAGGCAGUAGGGGUGCCCGCCGCUGAAUUCGAGCACCGGGGGAGGAGGAUGCUCGGUUAUCACUUACAACGCGCACAAGAAGAAUCCUUUUGAAAUACUUCGGAUCUCCAGGAGUUUGACGCGUUUGGGUACUGGGGAUGCGGUUGUGCGCCUGCAGGAGAUCCCGAAGUGGACCAGUGGGCGCGUAAUCAAUGGCACGAGGUAUGUUGUACAUAGCUGCCGUACCAAGAGGGCCGAACUUGCCGGGGCAAGUGGAUUCGAUUGUGGCUUCUUGGUGCGGGGAAGCCUGAAUCCGAAGGUGAGGGGCGAGAGGCGCGGCAAAUAGUGGGGUGGCCUUGUCUUGGCACAAGGCCCAGGCGGUUAUACAUUAUAUUUAAAUGCGCAUUUUAUCC